ACCCCGAAGCCCACCACCCUGCCAGCUACCCCGGCCACGCUUGCAUCCGCCAGCAUGGACUCUGACGACGAGUUCAACAGCUCCGGCAGCGAGGAGGACUUCAAUAAUGACAGUGACGCCAGCUUUGGAGGCGGCGAUGAUGACUCUGACCUGGAUAUGGAGGAUAACGACAUAGGCUUUGAGACACAAGAUAAGGACAUCAAGAAGUCAAAGCAAAAGUACGAGGUCGACUUCCAGGUCUUUGGCCCCGAGCAGGUCCAGGCCCAACAAGACAACCAGAUCGAAGAGGUCGGCAACAUCCUAGGGCAGCCGCCAGAGGCAGCAGCUAUCCUUCUAAGGCACGCACGAUGGAACAAGGAGCGACUGAUCGAGUCGUACAUGGACAAUACAGAUAAGGUGUUGGAAAGCGCUGGUCUGGGCGAGGCUGCGUUGCACCCUCCCAAAAUCGAGAAGGUGAAGGGAUUCACUUGUGACAUUUGUUGCGAGGAUGGCCCCGGGCUGGAGACGUUUGCUAUGAAGUGUGACCACCGCUUCUGUGUGGACUGCUAUAAGCACUACCUGGAGUCCAAAAUUAAAGACGAUGGUGAGGCUGCUCGGAUUCGGUGCCCGGGAGACGGCUGCAACAGAAUCGUGGACGCAGUGUCGUUGGACUUCCUGGUGACGUCGGAUAAGCUCAGGGACAGGUACGUGGAGCUCCUCACUCGAACGUACGUCGACGACAAGGACAAUCUAAGGUGGUGCCCGGCCCCAGACUGCGAGAAUACUGUCGAGUGCGGAGUUAAAGACAAGGACUUGCCGAGGAUUGUGCCAACUGUACACUGUGACUGCGGACAUUUCUUCUGUUUCGGCUGUUCAUUAAAUGACCACCAACCGGCGCCAUGUGGUCUUGUUAAGAAGUGGCUGAAAAAGUGCGAGGACGAUUCCGAAACGGCGAACUGGAUAUCCGCAAACACAAAGGAGUGCCCCAAGUGCCACUCCACCAUCGAGAAGAAUGGCGGUUGCAACCAUAUGACGUGCCGGAAGUGCCGUAACGAGUUCUGCUGGAUGUGCAUGGGCAACUGGGCCGAGCACGGCACGAGCUGGUACAACUGCAAUAGAUUCGAAGAGAAGAGCGGCUACGAAGCGCGAGACGCCCAGGCCAAAUCCCGCCAGUCACUAGAACGCUAUCUCCACUACUAUAACCGCUACGCCAACCACGAGCAAUCCGCCAAGCUCGACAAAGACAUCUACCUCAAGACGGAGAAGAAGAUGACGCAGCUACAAAUGCAAACCGGCAUGUCCUGGAUCGAGGUGCAAUUCCUCGACUCGGCCUCGCAAGCCCUUCAACAGUGCCGCCAAACCCUCAAAUGGACCUAUGCCUUCGCCUACUACCUCGCGCGUAACAAUACGACAGAGAUGUUCGAGGACAACCAAAAAGACCUCGAGAUGGCGGUGGAGAACCUAAGCGAGAUGUUCGAGAAGUCGACGGACCAGCUGGAGAGCCUGAAGGUUGAGAUGAUGGACAAGACGAGUUAUUGUAGCAAGCGGCGGAUCAUCCUGCUGAAUGACACGGCGGAGAACCUACGGAAAGGUGAGGGCCUUGUUAUAGAUUUGUUUUGAAAUUCGGCUAGUGGGAUCGCGAGACUGACGAACAUGGGCACAGGGGAAUGGGAGUUCAAUGUCGCUCUUACUACGUGAGCAGGGGCCGUGGGCUUAAGGAAU